AUGAGGCGAAAUGUGGAGGCGGCUGGGGUUCACCUGGCGGACUGUACGCUGUUGGACUACCGCCGCGAACUGGAGCUUGAGGAGAAGGCCGCUGCCACCAAACGAUCGCAGCAAUAUUCCACGGCCCAGUGGAAGGAGAAUGCCAAAGGCCCAGGAAAGACGGCGAAACAACUGGUCUCGCCAUAUAUCCGUGUUGACGGCGAGCUGAUUUCCACGAACAUAGCCCUGUCCAGCCUUCUCCGUGCCGAGGAGGAGCGCAAGGAGCGUUUGGCUUUGGAGGAGCAGCAAAAAAAGGAGGCGGAGGCGCUGUUUCAACUUCAUGACGGAAUGCGAACAACGAUUAUUGACCAAUGGAGUCUUGGCAUGGAGAAGCUAGUGCUUUUAGAGAAAAGGGAUUGUAUACGUGCUCAAUGUCAGGAGCGAUGUCGACGGGCCUCGGAUUGGUGGGAUGCCUUGGCUGAGCAGCACUUGGCUGAUGAAAUACUUCUAUGGGCGGACGAGGAGCAGGUGAUGGCGCGUGAACGGGAUGAAGGCCGAGCGGCGUACCGUCAGCGUUCUGUUCACGCACGGAAGUGA